CAGGGACAGAGAGAGAGAAGGACACUGACCGGUGGACAGGGACAGAGAGCAGGGAGCAGUCCAGAUGGGCACCAGCGGAGAAAUGGAAGUGGAGCAGGCGGAGCCAGAGACGCCCGAAGACUCUGGGUCCCUGGAGAAGGCCCCGUCAACUCCCUCGAACCCCGGGCCACCCGAGCCCAGUGACGACGCUUCCUUGCUCCGGACCUACAAGUGGCACACGGGGGUCCGCUCGCCCUCCGAGACAGCGGGGGCGCCUCCGGCGGACAAGGGCGCCAGCGGCAGCGCCACGGCCGCCCAGCCCUCCAAGUGGAGCAGAAUGCAAUGGCGCAAGGCUCACAGCGAGGACCCGCAGGACAGGGUGGCGCCCCCUAGCAAACCGGAGGACGCCAAAGGCGACAAGCCCGCCUCUGCGCCCCGGAAGAACCCCUUCCGCCGAGCCCUGUCGGAGCCCCCCGGGGCCCUCUUCUCCACCGCCCCCGCCCCCGCGCGAGGCCAGAGCCCCCCCGCCGAGGGCCGCGGCUCCCCGGCCCUGGGGCCGCAGCAGAAGGGGGCCCUGUUUCGGAAGUACCUGCGCUCCGUCUCCCAGAAGUUCAAGAAGCCGCGCGCGGCCGCUGGGAAGAGUGGGAACAGCGCCACCUGCAGCACAGAAGACACCAGCACCUCCGCUUCGCCCUCUGCUGCUGCCCCCACAGCAGCACCCUUUACCCGAAUCUCCUGGACACCCCAGCCCGAGGUGCCGUUCUGGGACAUCUCCUGCUGUGCGCUGACGGACGGACAGAUCAUGAUCUCUCGGGACGACGAGGCAUUCUUUCGGACCGUGAACCGCAUGAGCGGCUGCCAGUCGACUCUCAGCCUGCAGAACCUCACGGACAGCCAUGGAACCCUGGACCAAGCUGCUCCAGUGGGUCAAAGGUCAAAGGGCCCUGAGGGAGGGGUCAAGGCGAUGAUCAUCCGCCGGCUCCGGCCGGGCCACGUGCGGAAGAGCUCCACGCAGCUGAACAGACAGGACGGCCACUGCCGGACCAGUCUGCACGACUCCCGGGAGUCGCUGGCCAUCCCGGUCAGUGCAGCGGACAGCCUGGACCUCAGCAGUGACCAGACCACAGUGGUGCGGCCCGUCCACAGCUCCAUCCUGGGGGAGAAGUACUGCUUUGAGGUGAUAAACUCGGAGGGCAGUCACUGUUUCGGCUGCAGCUCGGCCGCAGAGCGGGACCGCUGGAUCGAGAAUCUGCGCCGAGCCGCCCAGCCCAACAAGGAUAACUGCGCACGCACCGAGAACGCCCUCAGCCUCUGGGUCAACGAGGCCAAGGACCUGCCGGCCAAGAAGCGCUACUACUGUGAGCUGCACCUGGACGGCACGCUGUACGCCCGCACCACUAGCCGCAGCAGCGCCAAGCGCACGGAUGGCGCCGGGGGAGGGGGCGUGGGGGGCGCCGGCGGAGGAGGCGGGGGCGGGCAGCUCUUCUGGGGCGAGCUCUUCGAGCUGGACAACCUGCCCCCCGUCUCCCAGCUCACCCUGCACCUCUUCCGGGAGGAGGACAGCAAGAAGAAGAGCAGCGCCAAGGACGACGUCCUCUGCCCGCUGGGCAGCGUGGGCCUCCCCCUCUCCGACAUCACCGGCCGCGCCUUCCAGGAGCGCUGGUAUCCCAUCCUGCCCUGUCCCAGCAGGGAGAAGGGCGGCGGCGGCUCCUCCGGCGCCCAGCUGGGGGCCCAGGCCUCGGUCCGGAUCAAGGCCCGGUACCAGAACCUGCACGUGCUGCCCAUCGAGCGGUACAAGGAGUUCGCCGAGUACAUCACCUUCCACCACGUGGAGCUGUGCACCGGCCUGGAGCCGCUGCUGUCCGUGCGGGAGAAGGAGGAGCUGGCCGGAGCGCUGGUGCACGUCCUGCAGAGCAUCGGGAAAGCCAAGGAGUUCCUGACAGCCCUGGGGGCAGCAGAGCUGCAGCGCUGUGGAGAGAAGGAGGCUCUGAUCUUCAGAGAGAACACCCUGGCCACCAAGGCCAUCGACGAGUACAUGAAACUGGUGGGCCAGAAAUACCUCAUCGACACCCUGGGGGAGUUCAUAGCGCACCUGUAUGGCUCAGGGAACAACUGGGAGGUGGACCCCCAGAAGUGCUCCCCCUCCGAACUGCAGAGCAAUCAAAAGAACCUGAGAGAGGGCUGUGAGGAGGCCUUCCAGAGAAUCACAGAGACCUACAGCUCGUUCCCGGUGGAGCUGAACGAGAUUUUCUCAGCGUGGCGCGAGGAGUGCGAGGUGCAGGGGCGUGGCGAGAUCGCCCAACGCCUGAUCAGCGCCUCCCUCUUCCUGCGCUUCCUGUGCCCGGCCAUCAUGAGCCCCAGCCUGUUCGGGCUGACGCAGGCGUACCCCGACCCCGGCCCGUUGCGCGCCCUCACCCUCACCGCCAAGGUCAUCCAGAACCUCGCCAACUUCACCCCGUUCGGCGACAAGGAGGAGUACAUGCUGUUCAUGAACGACUUCCUGGAGCAGCACUGGGAGAGAAUGGGCGUGUUCCUGGGCGCCAUCUCGAACCCGGACAGUGAGGUGGACAUGGCGAGGUUCGACGGCUACGUGGACCUGCCCCUGCGCCUGUGCGUGCUGCACGGGCUGCUCACCGACAUCAUCGCGCCCAUGGAGCAGCACACCAUAGACGGGCUGCACCCCCUGCCCUCCAUCCUGAACGCCGUGGCCGACGCGCUGGGGCCAUCCGCCUCCCGCAUUGCGGUCAGCAGCCUCAUCACGGAGCACAGCAAGCCCACCUACGUGCCCCCCCGCGAGCUGAGCAGCCACAGCCCCCUGCACGCCUCCCUGCUGCACCUGGAGGAGGGCCGGGGGCGCGGCCGGGCCGCGGGGCCCAGCAGGAAGCGCGUGCAGCGGACCCAGAGCGUGCCGGACCGCAUCAAGCACCAGCGGCGCGCCCCCCUCCGGCAGGCCAGCACCGAGAACCUGUCCCCCGAGAUGGACGUGGACCGGGACCCCCCGCGACCCUUCCAGAUCUCCGAACCCGAGAAAAAGGAUGUGAGAGGAAAAAUCCACCCAGCCCCAGUCCCCUGGAUCAAAGACAACAAGGAGUCUUCUCUGGAGAAGACUGAGCAUGAAGAAUUCAGCCUGCUAGAGAAGCACGACCAGGAGAUCUCGGAGCUCAGGCAGAAUGUGGACUUGGUGACAGAGCGGGACCUGGAGCUGGCCAAGAGGCUGGAGGACUUCAUCGCCCAGAGCCAGGACCAGAAUGCACUGCUGCAGACAGAGGUGCAGGAGCUGAAGGCCCAGUUGGCCACCAAAGAGGAGGAGCUCGCCAGCGCCACCUUCAGGCUGGGAGUGAUAGAGGAAGAGAGGGAGGAGGACCAGACGAAGCUGAGUGUUGCCAUGGCUGCAGCCGAGAGGAUGGAUAUGCUGGAGAGACAGUUUGCUGACCUGAUGAACGAGGUGAUGCAGCUGAGAGAAGCUGAGAACAGAAGAAGCCAGACUGCUUCCCUGGGUUCUGAAGAAGAGGUCUCCCAGGCAGCGGGGGGAUCCUAGGAUAAUAAGGUUAUUCCCAGCCCCGUCAGCACUCGGACGCUCGCUUCAGAAGGAACGCAAUAGAAAAAAAUAUAAUCAUUUGCCUUAGACUCAAGAGAUUGUCCUGGGUCGUCCCAAAACAGGGACACAAGGAGGCCAGCUUGUGAUCCCAACCGCAGGUAAAAACGAAGAGCCUACCAGGAUGGAGAGGGCUCCUCUUCGAGGAGGGGAUGGAGUGAGACGAGAAGCUCGUCUCUGUCUGGUGUGCAAACACCCGCGCAGCCGCCGGCGCAGGUCUGACACGACACCCUGCCGGCCACCACGCGCCGGCGGAGAGGGGCCCAGGGCGCCCCCCUUCAGGGCAAGGCGGCUGGGCGACGGAGGCCGGACGAUGUUCACUGCACUGCUUCUUUUCAAGUGACGUUUUAAAGUAAGCGUAGGAUCUUCGCUUCUAUGUAGUAGAGAGGCAGACUUGUCUUGCAAUGUACGCAGAAUAAAAACUGAAAAAGCAAAA